GAAGGUAUGUUUGGUCCGGCGUUUACUCAGUCCUUGGUGAAACGUGGACAUGACGACAUCAUUAUGAACUACGGUGGCCUUGACAUCCGGGUAACUAACAUCAUCUACACUCAAGGUACAGAUGAUCCAUGGAUCAAGUAUGGGUUCACCAGGAAUCCAAACCCUAGGGCAUACGCAGUAGUUGUCAAAGGCGUCGGUCACGUGGCAGCCAUGUUCCCAUCCUCCACUUCAGACAGUGUUGACUUGAAAAAGGCUCGUCUGGAAAUCCAGCGCCUCAUUGGUCAGAUUUUAUCAUCACGAGAUGCAGUCAUUGUGGGAUGAACAGCUGCUCACUGUGACAUGAAGAUACAUGUAGUGACAAUAUAAUGCAUAAUCGUACAAAUGAGUGAGUGAGUUAAGUUUUACGCCGCACUCAGCAAUAUUCCAGCUAUAUGGCGGCGGUCUGUAAAUAAUUGAUUCUGGACCAGACAAUCCAGUGUUCAACAGCAUGGGCAUCGAUCUAUAAGUGAAAAGGCCAAUAUACACGAAAUUCCUCAAUAAAAUCAAGUGUUUAAACGAAA